CAAUAAUUUGACAUUUCUAAGGUUAUUGGAUCUUUCAUAUAACCUAUUAUCAGGAAAUGUUUCUCCUUCUCUAUUGCCUAAUCUCACAUCCUUGGAGUACAUCGAUCUUAGUCAUAAUCAAUUUGAGGGUUCAUUCUCUAUCAGCUCUUUUGCUAAUCACUCCAAGCUUCAAGUGGUCAUACUUGGAAGUGAUAACAACAAAUUUGAGGUAGAAACUGAAUAUCCAGCUGGUUGGGUUCCCCUGUUUCAGUUGAAAGGUCUUGUGUUAUCCAGCUGUAAGCUCACCGGUGACCUUCCUGGUUUUCUUCAAUACCAAUUCAAGUUAGUGGGGGUUGAUCUCUCCCACAAUAACUUGACAGGAAGUUUCCCCAAUUGGCUGCUUGAAAACAAUACGAGACUGGAAUUUCUACUCCUGAGGAAUAACUCUUUAAUGGGUCAACUACUUCCCUUGGGACCUAAUAUUCGUAUCAGCUCAUUGGAUAUCUCACACAAUCAGUUGGAUGGACAACUUCAAGAAAAUGCGGCCCAUAUGAUUCCAAAUAUUAUGUUUCUAAAUUUAUCCAACAAUGGUUUUGAAGGUAUUCUCCCAUCCUCAAUAGCUGAAAUGAGUUCGUUACGGGUGUUAGAUUUGUCAAACAAUAAUUUCUCAGGAGAAGUACCAAAGCAACUGCUUAGAGCAAAAGAUUUGGAGAUUCUGAACUUAUCAAAUAAUAAAUUUCAUGGUGAAAUAUUUUCGAUGGACUUUAAUUUGACUGGGUUAGGGUAUUUGUAUUUGGACAACAAUCAGUUCAGGGGAACUCUGUCAAAUGUAAUCUCCAGAAUCUAUGAGUUGCAGGUGUUGGAUGUGAGCAACAACUACAUGUCAGGUGAAAUUCCAAGCUGGAUAGGAUCUCUUCCUUCUUUGAAGAGCAUGGAGCAUUUAGAGCACAUACAUUUGCAAGGGAACAUGCUUACAGGAUUAAUACCCAGAGAUUUUCUCAAUUCCUCCUCAAAUCUAUUGACUUUGGAUAUUAGAGAUAACAGGUUAUUUGGAAGCAUUCCCAAUUCAAUCUCUGCACUUUUGAAGCUAAGGAUUCUUUUGCUAAGAGGAAACCUUUUCAAUGGUUUCAUUCCCAAUCAUCUUUGUCAUUUGACUGAAAUAAGCUUGAUGGAUCUUUCAAACAACUCUUUUUCAGGGCCAAUUCCUAGAUGCUUUGGCCAUAUCCCAUUUGGGGAGAUGAAAAAGGAGGACUUGUUUGCACGGAUCCGUGAUUCUGGGUAUGAAGGGUCUCGUCCUGUAUAUGCAGGUUACUUGGUGAAAUAUUGGGGGUACUCAAAUUUUGUAUAUGAACAAAAAGAUGAAGUUGAGUUUGUCAUCAAGAACAGGCAUGUCUCCUACAAAGGUGGCAUCCUUGAUUUCAUUUCUGGAUUGGACUUGUCAUGUAACAACUUAACAGGUAACAUACCUUAUGAACUUGGAAUGUUAAGUUGGAUUCUUGCAUUGAACUUGUCUCAUAAUCAAUUGAAAGGCUCCAUUCCAAAUAGUUUCUCCAAUCUUUCUCAAAUAGAGAGCUUAGACCUUUCUAAUAAUCAAUUGAGUGGAGAAAUUCCUCCUCAAUUGAUUGGACUAACUUUUUUAGAAGUUUUCAGUGUGGCUCAUAACAAUCUCUCCGGUAGAGUUCUAGAUAUGAAGGCACAGUUUGGGACAUUUGGUGAAAGCAGUUAUGAAGAUAAUCCUUUUCUUUGUGGGCCAAUGUUAAAGAGGAAAUGCAACACAAGUAUUGAGUCACCAUACUUACCAUCACAACCUUGCAAAGAAAGUGAGGGAAAAUGGAUUUGCUACCUUCUUUUACAUGGACCCAUAUUGGCGUCAAAGAUGGUUCAACUUUAUUGA